AUCGCUCAUCUCCAGUUGCUCCACGUGGCCAACAUCUACAGCGUACCCUUCACGGGCACGAUGACGUCAAAAGACCUUCAAAAUGCAGCGCCACCAGUGCCUAUAAAGGAAACGCAAGCGGCUGCGGGCGUCAGUGGACACGGCGACCCAGCCGUGAUGAUGACGCCUAAUGGACAACUGCUCAUGCGGGUUGUUGAUAGAAAACAUGUUUUUAACACCAAUUACCUCUGUUUGAUUGUGUUUCCGUGUCCACACACAAUUGCUGCUCGUGUAUGCGAUUGUUUCUUAGUAGCAGGCCCGUUGCUCAUACUAGCUGGAGAUGUGGAGGAAACCCCAGGACUUAUUACGCAAGCAAUGUUUAAUGAUAUGAUUCGGACACAAAAAAAUAUCCUUGCUAAAGUUUCAGAGGUACAAGUAAAACAGACUUCGUCGGAAGAAAGUGUGCAAAGCACUUUCUUCCGACAAAUGCAAAACAGUCUACUUGCGAUAGAAAAAAAAAGUGAAAGCCGUGAAACUGAGAACAGGGUUGCUCAGCUUAAAAACUCUGUUAGUGACUAUGAUGUCGGAAUGGAUACUCUUGUAAAACAAAUUGAUGACUUAGAAAAUCGUUCACGACGAAAUAACCUUACCGUAAGGGGAAUUAAAGAAGUGGCUUCAGAAAACGAGGAUGUACUAAUGAGGAAUAUUAACAAUGAGGUGUUCGGCACUAUAUUAAAUCAAAAACUGAACUCUAUCCAACGUAUACAUCGACUUGGAAAAAAGAUGAUUGGUAGAGAUCGCCCUGUAGUGCUUACAGUUGCGGAUUUUAAAGAAAAAAUGGCUGUCAUGAAAAACUGCGUCAAGCCUAAAGGUACCAAAAUUAGCAUCAAUGAAGACUAUUGUAAGAGGGUUGUUGAGCUUCGAAAGAACCUGUGGAUUUCAACCGCAGAGGAGAGGAAAAACGGUGCCAAAGUCAAUGUGGUCUUUGAUGAGCUGUGGCUUAACAAUGUUCUGUCCGUCUGGAAUGGAGUCAGCAAUGAGAGAUACACAUUUCACGAUCCUCCGGAAGCAAAUAACGAUUGA